UUCCACUACAUUCCUAGGAAAUCAAUGUCCCAUCACUGGUGAACUAUUUUUAGAACCGGAAUGUAAAAAGUGCUGUGCAUGCUUCAGGAUUGUUAAGCGUAUCUUGUGGAUUUGUGGGUGGGGCAGAGAUGAUCAAAGAUCGGACUGCAGAUGAUGAACAGAGGGAACCAAGAAAUGGGUGAGAGGAAAGAGGUGGAGGGAGGAAAGUAGGAGUUACUUCUUAGCGUGAGGCUUUAUAAACCUUUGGCAGAUUUUUACCCAUGAAGUUCUUGACCAUUUGAACACAUGCCGGGAUCACUUUGUGCAAAGAGCAGUUACAUUUUGAACCGUUGCUGCAGGAAUCGCAACCCCUAAUGGCGCAACCUGACCUGAAGCAUGAGAAUGAGAAGCAGGUGGACGCCCCUGUCCAGACGGAACGAGCCUCGUGCCCGCGCAGGGCCAAGGCUCGCUUUCUGAAGGGCAUCUCCUACUUCUAUGGAGACAUGGCAGUUUUUGCAAAGUGGAUGGAAAAGCAGUUUUUCUUGCUGCAGUUACUGGACUGGGUCCUGCGUGGGGCUGCCCAGGUCAUGUUUGUGAACAACCCGCUGAGCGGCCUCAUUAUCUUCGCCGGCCUCAUCCUGCAGAACUACUGGUGGGCGCUCAACGGCUUUGUGGGGACUCUUUUCGCCACCAUUUCAGCCCUCAUUCUGCGACAGAACAGGGGUGCAAUUGCUGCAGGACUGUAUGGAUACAACGGUAUCCUAGUGGGCUUGCUGAUGGCGGUCUUCUCCGAUGCAGGAAACUGGUACUGGUGGCUCUUGCUGCCCAACAUCUUCCUGUCCAUGAUGUGUCCAAUCGUGUCCAGCGCCUUGGCAUCCAUUAACAGUCGCUGGGAUCUGCCAGUGUUCACGCUGCCCUUCAACAUCCUGGUGUGCCUCCACAUGGUGGCCACAGGUCACUACAACCACCACUUCCCCCAAGUCCUCAUCCAACCACGGACUGAGCUGCCAAAUAUCACCUGGGAGGAAAUCGAUGUUGCCAAGCUGUUCACGUCCGUGCCCGUGGGGAUAGGCCAGGUCUACGGCUGUGACAAUCCUUGGACCGGAGGCGUGUUCAUCAUCUCGCUCUUUAUCUCCUCCCCGAUCACGUGCGCUCACGCCGUCCUCGGGUCGACAAUUGGCAUGCUUUCAGGCCUGGCUUUGGCAGCUCCGUUUGGUGCGAUUUAUUUUGGCCUAUGGGGUUACAACUGCGUGCUCGCCUGCAUUGCCAUUGGAGGAAUGUUUUAUGCUCUGACUUGGCAAGUGCACCUGCUUGCUAUUACUUGUGGAUUUUUCUGCGCAUACCUGGGCUCUGCCAUCGCCAACAUCAUGUCCGCGUUUGGUCUGCCAGCCUGCACGUGGCCCUUCUGUCUCUCUGCACUAACAUUUUUGCUCAUCACCACAGAAACCAAUAAGAUCUUUAAGCUGCCACUUGCCAAAGUCACCUACCCAGAGAAAAAUCUGUGCUACUUCUGGAAGAUGAAGAAGCAGGAGAAACAGGAGAAGAUGGAAGAAGAUUUGAAAAAGGAAGAGGAGCAGCGGAGAGGUACUGAGGAAGCGAUACCCGAUGAGAAAAUACAGCUGGGCCUCGACCUCCGAGCCACGGAAGAAGCCGACAUGACGCAAAUAGUCACGGUGCCCGAGGCACAGAGCGAGCAAUGGGACGCUGGGGGAGAACAAACCACAGAAUACUUCCCAACAGAAGAAACACUUGCAAAUUAUGUUUAAAAGAGACACAGAGGAGAGGAGAGGAGAGACAAUUUGUAAAGUGCAUUUGUAAAGUUGUAGAGUCAAAUCCCUCCUGAAUUUUCUAUCUGACCACUCACUCCUAAUUGCCAAUGUCACCAAUUACUCUGUUGGGAUUAUGUGAACUGUCAGAAGGCAUAUAUAUUUAUUAUGGAGAGCACUUUUCAGAUUUUUACGCUUGCAUUCUUUCAUUAGUCAUGUUAGUUACACGUGCAACCAAGUGCCAACAUAUUGUAAAAUAUGUCAGUAUUCCCUCAUCUCUAUAUGCUAUGCAAUAUUGAUAUUGUUUUAUGACAAUCAUGCUGCUUGUUUCUGUUUUGAACAGAUUUUCCAGUUGAGUCAAUAUAAAUGUAUACUUUUAUUUUAUCAUCUCAGUUGUUCGUUCCCUUUUAUACGUGGAUGUGUAAAUAUACUUUCAUUAUCACCCCUGUGUGUUAUGACCGAGCAAGCUCGUGUGAUUUGACUUUUUCUUUCCGACUGCAUAAACACUGACAUCAAGAGUAUGACACAAUUAUCCCAAAAAACCUUACACUCAAGAAGCAAAACCAAAAUGGCUCAGAUUUGCACCACGAUGCGACACGAUGUCAGCGACACGCUUUUUGCAAAACAAUACACGCAAUGAGUUGAAAACCGCGAAGCACACGUUAGACACGCCGUCGCGUCCUUGCAAUUCCAAAGCGCUGACUGUCAAAUGGGAACACCAACAAGGAGGAGAACAAAGGAAAACAGGAGCACGUUUGGAAACAAUAGUUGACAAUGUUGUGGACCACGGACUGACGCUGAGGGAGUUCAGCCAAAACUUAGCGUUUUGAGAGUUUCAGUGGCAUCUAACAUGAGGACAAUUCAAGAAGAAAAUGGGUACAUUUUGGAAAAGCCUACAGUUAAAGUAAUCAGCUGCUUGCAGUAUUCUAUGCACCACAUCAGCACUUUUGAUACCCCUUCCUAUGACAUUUUAACGCAGGUUUUUUUUUCUACAUAGGAUCGGGGGGUCAAGAACAACAUGGCGGAAGGGGCACAUAUUCACUAAGAACGAGAGGAAUCAUAAAUACGAUGAACAUUGAAAUUCUCUGACCAGAUCCAGCUAGGCGAAGAGAUAAUGUCUAAUAUUUUCGGUACUGGGAUUUUUGUGCGUGUUUCUUUUACCUGUGCUGGAUACACUAUUUUAUGGUUGUCUGAUAUUUGCUGAACUUACAAAGUGUUUUAUGUACACUACUAUAGUAGCAUGAAAAGCAGUACGUGUUUUUUGUGCUUGUCCAUGUUGACUGAAGUGGGUACUGUCUCCAAAGUGUUCUGUAAAUUGACUGUCUGUUGUACUAGAGCGGCUCCAACUACCGGAGACAAAUUCCUUGUGUGUUUUGGACAUACUUGGCAAAUAAAGAUGAUUCUGAUUCUGA